UCCUGGUCAUGUAGGGCGAGUGUUUGUGGCUGUUUGGCCCGUGGUGUAUCAUUGAGGAAUCCGAUUAUGCCCCCGUUUAAUGUAGUGACGCGUUCAACUGAAAAACUUAUAAAGUUGAUUGAAAAUCACCACUCAGGCAGGCAAAAGCAAAAUUGUAGAACAUAGCGAGAAGGCGGAGUCUAGGACCCGGAGGUACUGCUAGUACAAUAGAGCUGUUGUGCUAUGGUGGAAGAGAUUGCAGCGCAGGGUAAAAGACAGAGUGGAAUGAUAGAGGAUAAAAUAGGGGAAAACGAACGAUAAAACUCUGAAUCAUACGCGCGUUUUUGAGAAGAGUUUUACAACGGGCCAAACACAUCCUGAUCAGUACCGAUCGUUCAUUUCUGAAGCAAGGGUGACUGGGUUUGCUCUGGCCUGCCUGACCAGAGAACUGAACCUCACCAUGUGCUGCUUGUUUGUUGAAGGGAUGAGUGGAGGAUAUCAUUAGUACAGCACCAGCAGACGAAUACACUAGCAUGCUCUUCAACUUUGGAUUUAUGGAUACUUCAGGAUGAAAAGGCUCAGGUCUUCAAGCAGCAGUGACAGUUCAGAUAAUGAGAGUCCUUCAACCUCCUUUUGCUCUUCCAACAAGUAUGGAAGCAAACCAGAAACCCCCACUACCAUGCCAAAGAAACCCGCGGAGGUGUUCCGAAAAGACCUGAUCAGCGCCAUGAAGCUGCCGGACUCCCACCAUGUGUCGCCUGAGGACUACUACCUGCUGGCGGACACCUGGAGGCAGGAGUGGGAGAAGGGCGUUCAGGUGCCCGCCAGCCCCGACACCAUCCCCCAGCCGUCUCUCAGGAUCAUUGCGGAAAAGCCCAAGGAGACCCUGUUCUCUCGCCAGAGGAAGUACAUCCAGUGCUGGAACCCGGAGCCCACUGAGCCAGGCUACGUCAACAUCCUGGAGCUGGCGGAGGCCAUGUGCCGCUACGACCUGGACGACAUGGACCUGUACUGGCUGCAGGAGCUCAACGCCGAGCUGGGGGAGAUGGGCGAGGCUGCGGUGGACGAGCUGACCAUGGAGCGCGUGAUGGAGGCCCUGGAGCGGCAGUGCCACGACAACAUGAACCACGCCAUCGAGACGGAGGAAGGCCUGGGCAUCGAGUACGACGAGGACGUCAUCUGCGACGUGUGCCGCUCCCCCGACAGCGAGGAGGGCAACGACAUGGUGUUCUGCGACAAGUGCAACAUCUGCGUGCAUCAGGCUUGCUAUGGCAUUGUCAAGGUGCCGGACGGAAACUGGCUCUGCAGGACCUGUGUCCUGGGCAUCGACCCCCAGUGCCUGCUGUGCCCAAAGAAGGGCGGGGCCAUGAAGGCCACACGGGCCGGCACCAAGUGGGCCCACGUCAGCUGCGCCCUGUGGAUCCCUGAGGUGAGCAUCGCCUGCCCCGAGAGGAUGGAGCCCAUUACCAAGGUGUCCCACAUCCCCCCCAGCCGCUGGUCCCUCAUCUGCAGCCUCUGCAAGCUGAAGACGGGCGCCUGCAUCCAGUGUUCGGUAAAGAGCUGCACCAUCCCCUUCCACGUGACCUGCGCCUUCGAGCACAGCCUGGAGAUGAAGACCAUCCUGGACGAGGGCGACGAGGUCAAGUUCAAGUCCUACUGCCUGAAGCACAGCAAGACCAAGGCCGGCGAGCCGGGCCUGAGCCCCGCCCGCCACAAGGCCCCCAGCGACACCGAGAAGGUGGGCCUGCGGGCCCAGAAGCUCAAGGAGCUGGAGGAGGAGUUCUACGCCCUGGUGCGGCCCGAGGAGCUGGCCCAGGCCCUCGGCCUCCCCCAGCUGGUGCUGGACUUUGUCUUCCAGUACUGGAAGCUGAAGAGGAAGAGCAACUUCAACAAGGCCCUCCUGCCUCCCAAGGAAGGGGAGGAGAACCUCCUGCUGCAGCCCAAGGAGGACAGCGUGCACACCCGCAUGCGCAUGUUCAUGCACCUGCGGCAGGACCUGGAGAGGGUGAGGAACCUGUGCUACAUGGUGAGCCGGCGGGAGAAGCUCAAGCUGUCCCAGAGCAAGGCGCAGGAGCAGAUCUUCAACCUGCAGGUGCAGCUGAUCAACCAGGAGCUUUCUGCAGGUCUCCCUCUGUCUUACACACUGGACAGCGCCUUGUUCCGGCCGCCCCCGAGAAUCACGCUGAAACUCAAGAUGCCUAAAGUGACACUGGGGAACGGGAAGACCAGCUCCAAAUCGGGGAACGGACCCCUGUGCCCGGACACCAGCGGGAACGUGUACGAGCGGAGCGUCGUCGGGGGCGGGGCGGUCCCGACGGGGAAGUCCCAGCACUACGCGGGCCGGGUCCGGAAGGAGGACCACGCCAACGGGCUCCUGUCCGCCUCGGGGCGAUCCCGCGGGGAGGCGGAGGGCGUGGCCGGCGGGGGCCCGCCGCUCCCCGCCAAGCCGUCGGGCAAACCGCUGGCGCUGCACGCCGCGCUCCACGGCCGCUCCGCUAACGGGGGCGGCGGCAAGCUGGAGGCCCCUCAGCGCGCCCGCCCGCCCAAAUCCAACGGGGUGAUGGAGAAGCCCCUGCCCCAGAGGGACGCUUCCUGCCAGCUGGGCCCCGCCGCCGCCGCCGACGCGGGGACCCUGGGAGGCCUCCGGAAGCCGGGCGUGGAGCAUUUCGGCAGGUCUCUCAAGGAGGCCACGGUCUGCCUGGUGCGGACCCCCGAGGACCUGCGGGGCCCGGACAAGCCCUCCCGGAAAGGCUCCGGCAAGGAGCGGCCGUGGGGCAAGUCGGCGCCCGAGCGGCACGCCGGCAAGGCCCCGUCCUACCAGGAGAACGACGGGUACUGCCCCGACCUGGAGCUCAGUGACUCGGAGCCCGAGGCCAAGGGGAAGCGACGGCAGGCCAGGGGCCCCCCCGGGGGCGGCAGCGGCGGCUCGGGGAAGGAGAGCCCCAGCCGGGACUACAGCAGAGGGGGCAGCAGGGGGAAGCUGGCUCUGGGGUCCAGAGCGUCGGUGCAGAGGUGAUGCCCCCUCCCACCACCAUCCCCCGCCCCCCCUUUCCUUCCGUGCAUCGGCCACAGUUCUGUUACUCCUCCUCUUUUUCCUUAAGAUUGUCACAAGUGCCAUGCUGGCCCCGCCCUCUCCCCCUACUUUCCCUCGCAUUCGUGUUCUGUUUUACGCACUUUGUGCGCCGUGGAGGGGGGGGGGGCGUGUCUUGCUGGGGCGUGGCUGGAAGGCCGAUCUCCCAGGCCGUAGAGGCGUGCGCCAGAAGACCGCUGUUUCGUGGACACCCCCCUUUCCCCCCAUCUUCAGUUGAUGAUGUCAUCUUUUGUUUAUUAUUCAGUUUGUCUUUUUUCGACAAAUCUGUCAGUUUGUCAGCUUCUCACCUCAGAUGGGACGAUGCGUCCGCCAAGUCGGCUCCAUCCGUCGCCUUGCCCCCCCCCCCCUCCCAAUGACACUGUCAGUACACUGUUUAUUUCUCCCUGAGCAAGACGAGAGGUCGCAAUAUUUGUCUGUCUGUGUGUCGUUCCUUUGCCUUUGGCUCCUCCACACACUGCUGGAUUUUAAUCAUUCAAAAAUUUGUUGCAACAGCGACCAUGUCUUACCAUGGGGCAGAGCUGCCAUUUUUCUGGAACUGUGUAAAUAUUGAGGGUAACGAAAAAUAAUAAUACAAAUGUCCAUUUCUAUAUGUUGUAAAGGAAGGGUGGGCUCACAGUUGGGGCUGCAAAAUUUGGCGAAAUUCCUGUGACAACGAAAGAUGACCCUUGUGUUUAUUAACAAAUAAAGGUCUCGUGCAAAUAGAAGACUAUUUGCUCAGAGACUGUGUAACAUGCCUGAUUGGUCAGAAGGCAUUGGUAAAAAACUGGCAGUUGGAGAUCCUUUCUUCCCAUCUAUUGUCUCUGUUGUGCUUUUAGAUUUAGCAUGCUUUCUUCCCUGUCGUUUCCAUUCCUCUUUUGAAAAGAGAAAGAUGUAAAUCUGUUUGAACAAUGGCAGUUUUUUCCCUCCAGUUCUUCCAAUGGUAUGUACAGGUCUGCAGAGUGUGAGCGAAUGUUUGUGUGUGUAUCUCCUUGAUAGUCGUUUGUGGGUUUGACUGCCUGCGUCCCACCUGUGGUUUUAACUGUUAAAAUGGUGGUUCUUAACCUUGGGCCUGGAGGGCCACAGGGUCUACUACCUUUCGUUGUUUCUCAGCAAUUAUUCAAUCAGUUAAAGCAGUGUUUCUCAACCCUGGUCCUGGGGACCCACUGCCCUGAAUGUUUUAGAUGUUUCCCUGCUCCACCACACCUGACUCAAAUGAAUGGGUCAUUGUCAGUCUUCUGCAGAGCUUGAUGACGACCCGUUCAUUUGAAUUAGAUGUGUUGGAGCAGGGAAACAUCUAGAACAUGCAGGGCAGUGGGUCCCCAGGACCAGGGUUGAGAAACACUGAGUUAAAGCAUAGUUGAGUGGCCUCGCCUGGUCUAAAUUUGCUGCAGCAGACCCCGUGGCUCUCUGGGACCAGGAUUGAUUGGCGCUGCGCUAGGCUAGCUGUAUUUCCGCAGGUGAGCCAGUUCCUGCCAGUGCUUGGUGCUUUCCCCACAGCCACUGCUGGACUUUUGCACCUUCUUGGUGCCUCGAGCCCAUGACUCUCAAUUCCCUCAAGUCUUCAAUGUGUGCUGAUCUAGGUGCGUGGUCAUGGCCAAGGACAGGGUUAGGAUGGGUAGACUUUCAGUAUAAUGUGGACGCUAGCGAUGAUCCUUUUUUGGGAGUGUGAUGUUAACGCUAAGCUGUUGCGUGCGAGUGAUUUGGAGUUAAGUUGGCACCUCUGAGGCCUGACGGUGAACGAGCAAUCGGGCCCAAAGGCUUCAGGCAGGAACUCGCUCAGGUUUUUUGACUCAACCUGGCUGGCCUGGCUCUGGAAAUGUGGCUAAUGAGUCUUUAUGUGCGAUUGAAUGCCCCUAUUUCCACACCGCUAAGGUAUCCAGUCAUGGCCGUGUAGGAACGCAAACUUUUAUGAAUAUGGGGGGGGUCUGAGGAACUGGUCUUCCCCUUGAAAGUCCCUGGGGAACCGGUUACUCAUUUUCACAACUGUUCCGCCUGAGCCGAUAUCCAAAGCACACUAAUGAAGUCAAAUAAGGAUCUGUUCUUUUUAAAUUGUUCACUCUUUUUCCAUCACUGAAUCCCAAAGUAGGGAAGAAGUUUUGUGUGACACAAGGGGUCAGCAGGAGGACUAGGGCAUAGAGCUAGAGCUUGGUACCCUCACUCAGAGAGAAUGGAUAUUUUUUCAGUGUGACACUGGAUGUCCUCACUGGUAUUUGAUUCCACACAGUUUCAGCAGAUUCCAAAAUAAUUUUAAGAUCUGUGAAUUAUGCCAAUUCUCCUGAGUUAAGCCCAUGUGAGCAUGACCACAGUCACGUACAAGGAACUGUAUGAUGUCACAUGGUGACCUCUAGAGCCCCUCCCCCAGGAAUGUCAUGGUGUAACGUUUCAGUGCCCUGGGUCUGAUACCAGUCACACUUUUGUAGAUUAAAAAAGCAAAAAAUAAAGAAGUUAUAAAUUCAUUUCAGUACAUGGCUGUGUAAGUGAUGUAACGGGAAGGCCACACAAGCAAAGAAAUUCACAUUGUAAAAAGUAUAAUUCUAAAAAGAAAUAAAACACUUCCACUGCAUGCCAAUUGUAUACUAUGAAAUUGAAAUGGAACACUUUCUUAACCCUGUCUGGCUAAAGUGUGAUGUGGAAUAUGGUUUCAGGUCUUACAGCAGUGGCUUUCACUCUUUACACUAGGAGAGCUGCAGGGUGUGGACGGUUUUUGAUUUGACCUUAAAAUCAGCGUCCACUUCUGACCCCACGUCAGGUGCGGUGGGCUAACUAUCAUUGACUGCUUUCAUUGAGUGGAAGAGGGCUGAGUAACAGUGCAAGCCAUUCUAACCCGCUUUGUAUGGUAAGAGUGAAUGCCACUGGCUUAGGGGAUUCUUCUGGGUCACAGAGAAUUGAAGGGCCCAGCUAGAGAAGCUGAAUUGAAGUUUUCCCUCGGCAGAAACCAUGUGCUUCAGUUUCAGGUUUCUGGCCCUCUGGGAUGGAUCAGAGCCAUGACAAGCCCCAUUGCUGGGUCAUUAAUAUGGCUGAGAUCAAUAUGGCAACUCGCAACUGCACUUAGGCUGGUUGUACUUGCUCAUUACUGCGUAGCUGUUCUGUUGUCACUCGAGUUCAGAAAUGAUAAGUGGCCAAACUGAACAUACUGACCUGGAACGACCAAGAGGAAACACAAUGGUUCCGGGUAUCGAAUGAAGACUUAGGCCAGUAAUGGUAGUAAAAGUUCAUUUGAUUCAGGAAACCAGUGUGACUCAUAUGUAUGAAAUUAACCAAAAAAAAAAAAGGUAAACACAUUUUCUAAACUUCUAUUUUUGCAGGUUUUCUUUAUUUUUUUACAUUUUAUGAUAGUGCAGCAGUGGUAGGUGUGGGUUGCAGACCCAAUGUGACGUGCAUGUAAGUGGACCUCUUGUUCCAAAAAAAAAAAAAAACAACCCCUGAGAAACCCUGCACUUGAGAGAAGGCCAACAUUCCUGUGGGUUAGCUGUAGUACUGUUUCUCUGCUGUUCUGUGUACUGUACUGAUAAUCCGGAAGUCAGUUCCUUAAGAGGGGUGGGGAAAAUAGGAAAGUGGCUUUUGCUAUUACAGGUCUUCUGAUUGGGGGUCAGCUUACAAACCGUGAAACAGAGCCGACGGUGAGGAGGCCGUGACAACUGAAGGAUUGGCACAAAUCAGCAUGUUCCUUACAGUUGAUACGAGCAGUUUUUUUACCGGUGUAACCUCAGCUAUUUGAAGGAACACUACCCAGGCUAUUUAUUGCACGCUGUGCAAACGUCGUUCUUAAAAUUCAGAAGGAAAUAUUAUUGCUGUAAGUGUUCACUGAUAUGAUUUAUGUGUUCCAUGAACUUGUUGAGAUGACCUUGUUGUUGGAAUUGUGCUGUCUCUCUUCACAGCCAAUCAAAGACAUUGUAAAUGAUAUGAAUGCAUUAAUUGCUAUAAAAAUGUUUUGCUUUCUUUUAGAGCAAACAAAAAGAACUUAAGGAACUUCAGUUUUACACUAAGGUUAUCAAGUUACCACAAGAUGAAUUUACACAGACAUUUUUCUUGUUAAACCUUUUUCAUUAAAUUUUGGAAAUGCAAA